AUGGCCGCGCCGCCGCCGCCUCGCCCGGCCGCCCGCUCGGCUCCUCCGCCGCUACCUGCAGCACAGGCCGCCGCCGGCCCGGUGCCGCUGAGCCGCGAGGAGAAGCUGCAGCUGCGCAAGGAGAAGAAGCAGCAGAAGAAGAAGCGCCGCGAGGCGGACAGGGAGCCGCCGCCCGAGGCCGGGGCCGCGCCGCCGGGGGCUGGGCCCGGGCCGGGGGUGCCCGUGCGGCCGGAAAGCGCCUCCCGCGCGCUCUCCUCGGAGUCGCCCCCUGCUCCCUGCGGCGGCGCGCCGGGGCCGGGGCCCUCCGCGCCCGGGCCGGCUGAGCACAAGCCGGGCGGCGGCGGGGAGCGCGCGGCUCCGGGCAAGAGCAAGGCCGAGCAGCGGGCGGAGCGCCGGGCCAAGCAGGAGGCCGAUCGGGCGCAGAAGCAGGCCCGGCGGGGCGAGCCGGGUUCGGGCGCCGCGCCCGCGAAGCCCCGCCCGGGGCCCGGCGAGGCUCAGCCAGCGGUGAAGCGGCUCCCGGAGCACGUGCAGCUGGACGACCCGGCCGCCCAGAAGAAGCUGGCCAAGAAGCUGGAGCGCCAGCAGGUGCCUCUGAGGCUGGAUUAUGGCGCCAAGGUCAGCCUCUUCUCUCAUCUGCAUCAGUACAGUCGCAAAGAGCUACUAACACAGCACAUGAGCAUUCCGGCAUCCACCAUCCACCCUGCAGUGGUGCGGCUCGGCCUCCAGUACUCCCAGGGCAUCAUCAAUGGCUCCAAUGCCCGCUGCAUUGCGCUCCUGAGGGUCUUCAAACAGGUGAUUGCAGACUACACCACCCCACCCAAUGAGGAGCUCUCCCGGGACCUGGUCAACAAGCUGAAACCCUACAUCAGCUUUCUGAACCAGUGCCGGCCCCUCUCCGUCAGCAUGGGCAACGCGAUCAAGUUCCUCAAAAAGGAGAUCUCGGCCCUGCCGGGCUCCAUGCAAGAUGAGGAGGCCAAGGGGGCCCUUCAAAGUGCCAUGGACAAGUAUGAGCAAGAGAAGAUCAUUCUGGCAGCUGCGGCCAUUUCCAAGUUUGCUUCUGAGAAGAUCAACAACGGAGACGUCAUCCUGGUCUAUGGAUGCUCAUCCCUGGUGAGCCGCACUCUCUGCGAUGCCCAGGCCAAGGGCCAUGCCUUCCGAGUCGUGGUGGUGGACAGCCAGCCGCGGCUGGAGGGCCGGGAGACCCUCCGCCGCCUGGUGAAGCAGGGGGUUCGCUGCAGCUACGUGCUCAUCAGUGCCAUCUCCUACGUCUUGCCAGAGGUCUCCAAGGUGCUUCUGGGGGCACAUGCACUAUUGGCCAACGGGUCAGUGAUGUCCAGGAUGGGCACCUCCCAAAUCGCACUGCUUUCUAAGGCUCAUAAUGUGCCAGUCCUGGUCUGCUGCGAGACUUACAAGUUCUGCGAGCGAGUCCAGACAGACUCCUUCGUCUCCAAUGAGCUAGAUGACCCCGAUGACCUGCUUCGGUCAGAUCCAAAGAGCCCGCUGGCUGGCUGGCAAGAGAGCAAGUCACUGCGCCUCCUCAACUUGGUCUAUGACGUGACGCCCCUCGAGCUGGUGGACCUGGUGAUUACAGACUUGGGAAUGAUCCCCUGCACAUCUGUCCCGGUUGUGCUGCGUGUAAAGAACGUGGAGCAGUGAUACAAGGAACGGUACAAAUAAACCUGUGUGCCGUG